CUCCCAAGAAGCUCUCAGGCGAUGGAGAUCUGCCGUUUCAAUUGUGAAAAAUCACAAGCGAAGGUUUCGUAUGACCGCAGACCUCUCCAAGAGAUCAGAAGGCGAAGCCAAGAAGAAGAAAAUCCAGUUUGGAGGGAUUUCUUCUACUCUUCCCAUUGUGCCUGACACAAAACUUUCAGUGGGUGAAAUGCUUGUACAACAUUUAAAUCCACCUUUGCAAGUCUACUUGAGAGUCAAGACAUUCCAAGCAUGGUAAUGAAGUUCAUACAGUCAUGGUUCCCACCAACUCUUGCUUCAUCCAAAGAUCAUCAUGCUCCUAAAUCCCCUUCUUUAGCGUCUGAUGAAGGCGAUUUACCCAUCUCUCUUCACAAGGGAAAAGAUACGAGUCGCUCUAUAUGUUCAGAAAGCAGCGUUGCAUUUCAUCGAUGCUGGCAAUAGGGUCCCACCCCAGCUUUCAAAAGAGGUUAUAGAAGCUGGCUUUGGCAUUAACCCAAAUGAUCUUGCAUCCAUUGUCCGUGGCCAUGAUCAUAAGAACUUGAAACUCCAUGGUGGGAUUGAAAGGAUUGCACAAAAGGUCUCAGUUACAAUCAACAAUGGUGUCCGGGAGAUGGAUGUCCCUCUCAGGCAGAAGGUCUAUGGCUUGAACCAGUACACAGAGAAGCCCUCUCGAAGCUUCUGGACUUUCAUAUGGGAGGCUCUUCAUGACCUGACUCUUGUAAUUCUCAUGGUCUGUGCUGUGGUCUCUGUAGCUGUGGGACUCGCCACGGAAGGGUGGCCGAAGGGUAUGUAUGAUGGGUUAGGAAUCAUACUAAGUAUUCUCUUGGUAGUCCUUGUUACUGCAGUCAGUGACUAUAGACAGUCCCUACAAUUCAAGGAUUUGGAUAAAGAAAAGAAGAAGAUUGAUAUUCAGGUGACUAGAGAUGGGUGUCGCCAAAAGGUCUCUAUAUACGAUCUUGUAGUUGGAGACAUUGUCCAUCUCAAUAUAGGAGACCAAGUUCCAGCUGAUGGGCUAUUCAUAUCAGGAUAUAGCUUGCUGAUUGAUGAGUCGUGCUUGUCGGGUGAGAGCGAGCCUGUCUUAAUCCGUCCAGAGAAGCCUUUCCUUCUUUCAGGCACAAAAGUGCAGGAUGGGUCCGGUAAAAUGUUGGUGACGUCCGUGGGUAUGAGGACGGAGUGGGGACGGUUGAUGGAGACUCUAAGUCAGGGGGGAGAGGAUGAGACGCCAUUGCAAGUGAAGCUCAAUGGUGUUGCCACCAUCAUUGGUAAGAUCGGGUUGUGUUUCUCCAUUCUUACUUUUUUGGUCCUUGUUGGGAGAUUUCUUGUGGAGAAGCAGAUUCGCGGAGAGCUUCUGAAAUGGUCAUCGAGUGAUGGCUUGAAAAUGAUGAACUAUUUCGCCAUUGCGGUGACUAUAAUUGUGGUUGCUGUUCCUGAGGGGCUCCCGCUGGCUGUGACUCUGAGCCUUGCAUUUGCAAUGAAGAAAUUGAUGAAUGACAAGGCGCUUGUGCGGCAUCUUUCAGCAUGUGAGACCAUGGGGUCUGCCAGUUGCAUUUGCACUGAUAAAACGGGUACACUGACAACUAAUCAUAUGGCGGUCAAUAAGGUAUGGAUUUGUGAAGAAGCUAAAGUGGUUACAAGUAGUGAGAGUGGGAAUGAUUUGAAGUCUUCAAUUCCAGAAAGUGUUUUGACCAUUCUUUUGCAGUCUAUAUUUCAAAAUACUGGUUCUGAGGUGGUGAAAGGAAGAGACGGGAAGACUACCAUUAUGGGUACACCAACAGAAUCUGCGAUAUUAGAGUUUGGUUUGCUUUUGGGUGGAGACUUUGAAACACAACGCCAGGCUUCUAAUAUUUUGAAAGUUGAGCCUUUCAAUUCAGUUAGGAAGAAGAUGUCCGUGCUUGUCUCACUACAGGGAGGAGGGUUCCGAGCAUUCUGCAAAGGUGCUUCGGAGGUCAUAUUGCAGAUGUGCGACAAAAUUGUUGAUCACAGUGGCAGUGUUGUUUCUAUGUCGGAAGUGCAGAAAAAUUAUGUCAUGGAUGUCAUAAAUGGUUUUGCUAGUGAAGCUCUAAGAACACUUUGCUUGGCUUUCAAGGAUAUGAAUGAGACCUUUAGUGGAGAUAGCAUUCCUGUUGAUGGUUACACAUUAAUAUCUCUUUUUGGUAUCAAGGAUCCUGUGCGUCCAGGAGUCAAGGAUGCAGUCCGGGCAUGCAUAGCUGCUGGCAUUAAUGUGCGAAUGGUCACGGGAGACAAUAUUUACACAGCUAAAGCCAUCGCUAAGGAAUGCGGUAUAUUGACUGAUGAUGGUUUGGCUAUAGAAGGACCUGAGUUUCGUAGUAAGAACCCCCAGGAGAUGAAGGAGUUGAUACCAAAAGUUCAGGUCAUGGCCCGUUCCUUGCCUCUGGACAAACAUACCUUGGUGACACACUUGAGGAAUAUGUUCAAUGAAGUUGUAGCAGUGACGGGUGAUGGGACUAAUGAUGCCCCUGCACUACAUGAGGCAGACAUUGGACUUGCUAUGGGAAUAGCAGGAACGGAGGUUGCAAAAGAGAAUGCUGACAUAAUAAUAAUGGAUGACAAUUUCACAACAAUUGUGAAUGUAGCCAAAUGGGGGCGUUCAGUUUACAUAAACAUUCAAAAGUUUGUGCAGUUCCAGUUGACUGUUAAUGUGGUUGCUUUGAUGGUGAAUUUCAUUGCAGCAUGCUUCAUAGGAAGUGCUCCACUUACUGCUGUCCAGUUACUGUGGGUCAACAUGAUCAUGGAUACUCUUGGUGCAUUAGCAUUGGCAACGGAACCUCCAAAUGAUGAAAUGAUGAAAAGACCACCUGUUGGGCGAGGUGAAAAUUUUAUCACCAUGAUCAUGUGGAGGAAUAUCAUUGGUCAGAGCAUUUAUCAGCUGGUUGUACUUGGACUUCUCAUGUUUGAUGGGAAACGACUUCUGAUGCUUAGUGGCUCAGAUGCUAAUUCUGUUCUCAAUACCUUCAUAUUCAAUUCAUUUGUCUUUUGCCAGGUAUUCAAUGAAAUAAACAGCCGUGAGAUGGAGAAGAUGAAUGUUUUCCAUGACAUGUUCAGCAACUGGAUCUUCAUCUCCGUCGUUUCUUCCACAAUUGUAUUCCAAGUCAUUAUAGUUGAGUAUCUAGGUGCAAUUGCAAAAACCGUAUCACUGAGUUGGCAUUUAUGGUUACUCAGCAUCCUAAUUGGGUCUGUGAGCUUGAUCAUUGCAGUCAUCUUGAAGUGCAUUCCAGUGAAAUCUGUCAAGAAUGUAGUUGGUGGCCCCCGUGGUUAUGAACCACUCUCUAGUGGCCCGGACAUGGCAUGAAAGAAUGGAUCAAUGGUCUACUAGUCCAGACCUUGGUUUGCUACAGGUGUUGGUACUAGUGUUUUGACCCUCUUUUUUUCCCCCUUGGUGAGGACAUGUCCAUUCCCUUUUUAACAACUUUUUAAGUGCUUGUAUAUAGAAAGAGAAAUUCCAAGUGAACAGGCUUGAGUGCACUUGCAAGUGAACUCAACAUGCCUAUUCAUCGAGCAAUCCACUGUAUAGAGAAAUCGGACUGCAUACUGAGUUACUCGGUACGCUCUUAUCGUACUGAGUAAACUCUGUUGGGCCCACCGUGAAUGUAUGUGGUUUAUCCACACCGUCCAUCUGUUUUCCCAGAUCAUUUAAGGGGUUGAGACCAAAAUUGAAGCAUAUCCAAAGCUGAAGUCGACCAUACCACAUGAAACAGUGGGAAUAAUGAUUUCCACCGUUGAAACCUUGCUAGGCCCCACAGUGAUGUUUAUUUGCAUUCCAACCUGUUCAUAAGAUCACAAAAACAUGGAUGAAGGGAAAACACCAAUAUAAGCUUGAUCCAAAACUUCUGUGGCCCUCAAGAAUUUUUCAACAGUAGAUGUUCAAUUCACACUGUUUCCUGUGGUGUGGUCCAUUUGAGCUUUGAAUAUGCUUUAUUUUUGGGCCCUAAAAUUAUCUGGUAAAAUAGAUGGGAGUGGAUAAAAUAUAUAAAUCAUGGUGGACCCCACAGAGUUUACUCACUACGCUUGGCAUACUGAGUUACUAGGCAAUCCUCUUCCCUGUAUAGAAGCCUUGUUCUAUACACCCAAUACAUGAAUGUUUAAAGAGAAAUUGACCAAUGUUUUACAUUCUACAUACAUGUAUGGUCCACCUAAUGGUCAGAUCAGACUGAUUUUUGAGACAAGGCCAUCUACACAGUGGGUUUCGCUUUAUUUGUGGAUCUGAUCUGCCUUUUUGUACAGUGUAGGGCGACUUCACUUACAAAGUGCACUAGUGUGCCUUCACUUGGUAUUCUUAUAUGUUUUUUUUUUUCCUGUUCAAAUCAUGGAUGAGAUUGGAAUUUUUGGUGGGAAGCUGUAUAAUUGGAAUUCUAGAUGAGUAGAGAGUUAGUCACCAUUCUUUCUCGUAGCUUGACCAGAUGGGCCACCAUCUGCUUGAGCUCCAAGUGAUAUAUAAAUGUGCUUUCAAAACCUUCUGUUUCAGACACUGCUAUGUAGCUCAACCUCAUUCAUGUUGUUGGUUUUUUUUUUUCAAUAAGUCACGAAUGCCCAUGAAUGUUGUUGAAACGGUCGAUCAAGCUGUCUCUUUCUCUUGGAAAACAAUAGUAUGAUGUCAAUUAUUACUGUUUAAUUUAGACAA